AUCAUGAAGUUUGCUCGUACGCAUGCGCUAAGUCUUUGUUAGCAGGAUUUUUUACAUGCGCACACUGUAUGUGUACUGCAUGCUGCAUUUAAUUUACGCGUCAUUCCACUACAUCGUCGUGCACUAAGGAAAGCAAAAUGAGCCGUAGAAGCGACGAAAAAAUGAGGAAGCUCUUUCUGGGCGGUCUUCACCGCGACACGGUGGACGAUGAUAUCAAAGAUUACUUCAGCAAGUUUGGUACAGUGGAGGACCAAGUGGUAAUCCGCAAACCAAACGGGGAGUCCAAGGGUUUCGGGUUCGUCACGAUGUCCAACAUGGAGGAGACGGAACUGGUGCUGAACGAGAACAGCGACGGCAGACAAGAGAUGAUGGGCAACAGCGUGGAGGUCAAGAGAGCAGUGCCUCGCGAGUCACAAGGCGGACGAGAUGGUGGUGGUGGUGGUGGGAGAUUCAGGGAUAGCAUGUCUAACAAAUCUGUCAAGAAGAUGUACAUUGGCAACCUGCCCAUGCAGAUGUCCGAGCAGAACCUGGAGGAUUUCUUCUCACAGCACGGCACCGUGACCAACGUCAAGAUCCCGACGUCGCGGGAUACCGGGGAGAGGCAGAAGUAUGCCUUCGUGGAGCUGGAAGAAACGCACGCUGUGGAUAAGCUUGUCUUGCAAGGUGACCACGAGUUCAACGGCCUGAAGUUCUACGUCAAGAAGGCCAUGCCCCAGGGUGACCGUGACGGUCGUCGCGGCGGCGGUGGUGGCGGCGGUGGUAGGAGCUAUGGCGGAGGUGGCUACGGUGGUGGUGGCAGCUAUGGUGGUGGUGGCUACGGUGGCGGCGGUGGUGGUUACGGCGGCGGAAGAGGUGGCAGUUCGUAUGGCGGGGGAAGCAGUGGAGGAUUCAGGAGAACCGGAGGUCGCGGUGGAAGCAGUGGAGGCUAUGGAGGUAGUAGUGGUGGCGGCGGUGGUGGUGGUAGAUACGGUGGUAGCAGCGGUGGUGGUUACGGAGGUGGGGGCAGUUACGGCGGAGGCAGCGGCUCAUACGGCAGCGACUCGUACGGCAGCGGGGGCAGCAGUUACGACAGCUUCGGAUCCAACUACGGCCAGAGCACGUCAAGCUAUGGUCCCAUGAAAAGCGGCGGUGGCGGUGGAAGGAGUAACUAUGGAGGCUCCAACAACAGCGCAGGGGGCUACGGCGCCGGUAGUUACUCCAACGGCUCUAGUGGCUACAGUACUGGGGGAAGCACGGGUGGCUAUGGCAGUGGUGGCACCGGGGGCUAUGGAAGCACCGGAGGCAGUGGGGGUGGCGGCUACCGAAGCAACCCUUACUAGGCUCAGUAUCAUUCCUUCACCAGUUGCUUCCUUGAGCAGGAACGUCUCUCUUUCUCAGACUCGAUCGGCCCAACUCCUAGGCUGGCUUUGUAGACCUGUGUAGCCCCAAUGACUAGGUUCUGACUGAGGACGGAUGUAGGUUGCGUUGCCACUGAACUAGGAAGAGCCUUUAAGAAAGUUUGGGGAUUUACCGUCCGUCUGAGAAAAGCUAAGGAAUCGACUGUUUGAGGUUCACUUGCCUUCCAAGAAAGGCAAAAUGCAUCUGACAAGCUGUGAAAAAAAGAAGGAAUAUUGAAACACAGCUAUCAGAUGUUGGUUUUAACUUUAUCAUCGUCAUUUUUUAGAGACUGCAAUUUCACUCUUUGAAGCCUUCAAAUCGGUGCAUUUUUACACCGGUUCAAGGGAUUCAAACCGCAGUAUUCUUAACAGUUCAGUAUCGUCAAUAACUCAUUAUUGUCUGUAAAUAUAUUAAAAGUUCAUCCCCUUCAAAUUUCCCUCCAAACUUUGUUGUUGACUACGUGAAUAAUUUCGAAUGAUGUACAGUUUUGCCUUUGCAAAAGAAAAAGAAAAAAUCACCUGAUAUAAACCAGGCAUGCAACUUUUUUCCUGGGAUCCGCUGAUUUCCUCAAUUUUUUUUCUCAUGAAUGCCAUUUUAAAGUGGGAAAAAGUGGUUUGGAGUUUUCUUAUUUUUUUCUAAAUUCCCAGUUACAUGCCUGUAUAAACUCAAGUUUAAAAUCGUUUAUAAGUUGUUUUCCAUUCAAACUGAAAUCAAGGGAAAGUUUCCAUCACGAAACAACCAUUUGCCCUCGGAUGAUUUUGAUUAAAAGCCCUUGCUGUUAUUUGAUUGUUACAAGCCAUUAUGUUUUACUCUUGUCAGUUAAGAACGCAUUUAGAUUUGUCAUUAGGUUUUUCUGGUCUUCUAAUCUGGUACCAAUAGUUGCCUUGCCUCGCGACUUUCUCACAGCUUUCUCAACUUUGCCAGCCUGUCUUAGUGUGCAAUCGACGUAAAAGCUUGGACCACAUACAAAUUGAGUCGCAACUGCUGUCUCAAACAGAGCUCUUAGGGAAAUCAUUUGGCCAGCCUUUUUUAGUUUGCCUGCCAUCGUCAUAAAAGCUUGGACCACAUACAAGCUGAGUCACAAAUGCCGUCUCACGCAGAGAUCUUCGGAAAUCAUUUAGAGACCGUUCUGCCAAAAAUGAGUCUUUAGUUGAUCAGACUUAAUGCGGAGAAAACAAGAUUCCGUUCUUCAUUUAAGUCUUUCAAACUUACAGCCACCGAAGACUUGUUUUGACAGUAGUACGCAAAUUUCGCUGGUUGGUUCGCAUCCGAGAAAACUUUAAUUUGUAGAGGAUUUUUGGCUAAUUCCCAAAGUCACAGUUGCUUUGACCUGAAUGCUACUUCUUUAGACUACUCCCCUUUAUCAAUCUGAGAAAAUCGGCUUGCCUCUUUGCUCCACGUUCUGCCCGCGGCUCUCAUUGUUACCAGUUUAAGAGUAAAGAUCUUUUAAGUAUGGUGUAUUCUUAGUGCAUGUAUAAGCUCCUCAAACUUGCGGGAAAAGUGUGCUUGAUUUGGUUCAAUAAACUUGUGAUGCUUGUAAAUACGCAGACUCAGUAAAAAGCUUGUUAACUUUUAUUCAGGUAUAAAUAAACCAACAGCCCAAUUUUAGCUUGUUCAAGAGGUUUUUUUUUUUUCCAUAUAUUUCAACAAAUUUGGUUUUUGGAUAAUGCAUUUAGAUUUCCUUUUUAAUGAAGCCAGCGCGAUACAUGUACUAAUUUUUACCUUUUGCUUGCGGGGUUUAUGUGUUUGAAUUUUUUUAUGGGCAUGUCUAACAAAAUAGAAAAAAAACCACCAAGCGUACUUGUUAGUGUUUUUGGCCCAGUUCUUAUGUAUAAGAAUUUCCCUAAAACGGAAAAUGAACGAGUGUAGAUAUUGAAGGGGAAGGUAAAUUUGAAUUUUCUUAUGAGGGAAGGAAUCCCUCGUUUUCUGUUAAAAUGCCUUUUUUUUGUAAAUGUGCCACAGUGGCAUACAAAGACGAAAUCCACAUAACCUUUUGCCAUUUUAAUAAUUUUUAUUGCAAGUUUGGUAUUUUCUUUUUGCGUCCCUCUCCCCUAAUGAACCUAAAUCUAUAUUUGUAUUUAUGGUUUUAUAUUGUUAUCCUAGACUAUUGUAAGUGUAUUAUGAAGUAUGUUAAGUGUCGAAUAAAUACGUGAUCAUUGUGAAGACACCUUAGAAAGACAAAG